CAUACAACUUUCCAUCCAUCACAGUAUUCGAUGCAUCGAUUUGUACAAAAAUAUUCAUCGUCCCCUUUACAAUUACCUCAUGAAGUGGAUCUUAGCAAUGUAUGUGGAAGAUGGGAUUCUGCUCAAGCAUUAGGUUUCCCUACCUUUGAUAUUCCCUCAGUGCACAAUCCUGUAGACUUUUUAAGAAAUGUGACGGACGAGAACUCACCCGAAUACAAGAUUAAGAUUCAACACGGUACAACCACUCUUGCUUUCCAAUUCCAAGGAGGUGUUGUUGUUGCAGUAGAUUCUCGGGCUACUAUGGGCAACUAUAUUGCUUCACAAACGGUGAAAAAGGUGAUCGAAAUCAAUCCAUACCUUUUAGGUACAUUGGCUGGUGGUGCUGCUGAUUGUCAAUAUUGGGAAAGAGAAUUGGGUCGUCGUUGUCGAUUAUAUGAAUUACGCAACAAGGAACGUAUCUCUGUGGCAGCAGCAUCCAAAUUAUUGGCUAAUAUGGUGUAUGCAUAUAAGGGAAUGGGACUAUCAAUGGGAACUAUGGUGACUGGAUGGGACAAAUCUGGACCAAACUUAUUCUAUGUGGAUUCUGAUGGUGCACGUAUCAAAGGUGACAUCUUCUCUGUUGGUUCUGGUUCUACUUUUGCCUAUGGUGUAUUGGAUAGUGGUUAUGAUCAUGAUUUGUCAGUCAAGGAUGCUUUGGAAUUGGGAAGACGAUCUAUUUAUCAUGCUACACAUCGGGAUGCCAUGUCUGGUGGUUCUGUUAAUUUGUAUCAUGUUACUGAAGAAGGUUGGACUUAUCAUGGCAAUCAUGAUGUAGGUCAAUUACAUUGGGAUUAUCAAGAUGAAGUGGCUCGUGGUGCCCAAUAAAAGGACAUUGUCCUCUUUAUUUUAUUUUAUUUUAUUUUUUUUGUCACAUAUUUCCCGUUACUCCAUUCUUUCCAUCCCAGUUUAGUAUUACAUAUUUCCAACUCUUCUUUUUUUUUUUCUUGUUACUAUUAUUACAAUCACUUAUCAAUAAACUUAUGUGCUGUUACAUCACUAUU